AAGGGUUGGCUACUAAAGGAGAACGCUGAGCUCCAGCAACAACUAGAAUCCAGUGAGAGAGAGAAACAGACAGUCAGACAACAGCUGAUCAGCUCACAGAGACAGACUCAAGAACUGAGACAGAGAGAGACUGAGUUAGUGCAGGCCAAGGACAGGGAGCUAAGAGAGAAGGCGACAUUGCUAACAAGGAAGGAGAGAGAGUUAGCUGAGACUCAGCAGCAACUGAGACAGAAGGAGGAACAGCUGCGAUCAAGUGAGGCUCUAGUGGCUGACUUCCAGAAGGCCCUCCAGCAGAGAGACUGAGACUCAGAGAACAAAG